AUGUCCUCUAUAAAUAAGAGAGAAGAACCGUCAAAGACCGUACGACCAGCACUCCCCCAUGGACGCUCCUUGCGUUUCAGCUUCGACGAUGCACCAGAAAAUAGUUUGGUGGAAGACAGGAAACGCGCGAAACCAAAGUUUUCUGCACGCGCGGUGCAUAUUCAAGCAGCAACACCACUUCCAUGGGAGAAUCUGGGGAGAGAUAUAUUCAGAGAAUCGAUUACAUCGACUCGACACCGAACACCUUCGAAAUUUGCGCCUUGUAAACUUUCGCGAAUUUCGACUCCUACACGCCAUGUUCGUUCACUUCGUGCGGGACUGACUCUCAAAAAGAAGGAAAAUUCUAGUCAAGGGAAAACGUCUGCUAAGAGAAGACUCCGAGUAGUUUCUCCCAGCGAUUCAAGUGAUUCAGAUGGUGGUUCUUCUAGCCCGGUCAGAAAUUCUUCUGGAAAGUUUCUCGAGAAAUCAUGGGAGCGCAAACCGAGUUUCCAAUGCUCGAUAUCUCCAAUUAGACGUCGGAAACGCACCAGAUCUCUUCGUUCUUUUGAAUUCGAGUCGAAACGGAAUGAGCCAUCUACUUCCGGUGUUCCUGAAAGAUUUUUGGAAUCGAUUCCACACUCUGUCGAUACGGAUACUACAAAUCGAUUGCGCGAAUCGACGCCGAAAUUCUCUGGAUAUCGAACUCCGCGUCUGGAAGAGUUUUCAUACGAGCAGCCAUUGAGAUCGCCAUCGCACAGAUUCUAUGGAAACAUCGAAGUGGUUCGCCCGCCGGAAACUAGCGGAGAAUCUUCUGCAACCAUUAAACAUCUAGAAUCACAUUCAGCUCCAUCUAUACCAAAGGAAUCAGCGACAAAUGAAGUUGCAAUUGAGCAAUCCCAACCACCACCUGAAAAAUCUCCACGAAAUCAUAAACUCAGUGAGAUGUCAUCUGGAUUCUUUGAAAUGUCUUCAAACGAUUCUGAUAACCAGUCAUCGCCAGAUGCCCAACAGAAUAGUGAGCGCCAGGAGACGAUACCGGAAUUUGUCGAGCCAGCGACCGUCAAGUCUGAGCCAGUUGAAGAAGAAGAUAAUCAAAACGUUCAAGAGGAGGCGACCACCACUCAAAAUUCUCUCUCCAACUGCAAAGUCUUUAGUUCCGAAGUUUUCUAUGCCACCAUCACGAAUUGCACUAUCGAAAGAUCCACUCUUGUCGGGUGCAAAAUUUUCGAUGAGCCAUGUCCACCAUAG